UUAAUGAAAUGUACUUUCAACGGUGAUAAAAAGAAUGUUUUAAUUUAAUAUUAUUAGUUGUUUAUUAUUUGUGGCAUUCUGAUAAUUACUACCAAAAUAAAAUGUUAGAAGAAUUAGCUGAUGACUACUCUGCUUAUUUUAAAAUAGAGACCACCGAUGAAUUGCAGUCUAUUAGAAACAAUGCUGAAGAUAUGUUAACUAGGUUAGAAGAAUUCCACAACCUGUUGCUCAUGAUGAAAAACACAUCAUGUGCGAACAUUCAAGUAGUCCAUCCGCAAAUAAUGCAAAUGAAGGAACAUGUAAUGUCAUUAUCUCAAAGAAUUGACAAUUUAGAUAUUUUAGUUUCACAUUUACAAGACAAUUUAGAUGUGUUAGAAGAGAAAGUAAAUGAAGCCAAAACUAAAUUGAAUAUACCUGGAAGUAGUAUAAAAUCUUUUCUUAAACCGAUUUUUGGAAAUUCUGUGAGAUCUACUAUAAAUUCGACAAGAACAACAAAUAGGGCUGUGAAUAUUAUUGAUGUUGAUAAAUAUUUUACAUCGAACGCUGAAGAAGCUGUUGAAGCCGCAGUUAAAUAA